AGAAGGACGCUUCUCCUGAGAACAUGAGCAUGACCAGUGCCUCCUCGACCCUGCUCCAGAAAAUGUCUGACGAAGAUGCUCCAAAGAUCCUGGCUUCAGAUUUCCUUUCAGAUCUCCAAAUUAAUGAUCUGCUAAAUGAAAACAUACAUGGGGUUCAAAAAAAACUGGAAGCAUACUUGAACUUCCAUAAACUUCCUACUUCUCUAAAGGAAGCCAUUCUGCUGGAUUAUUACACGUCGGGAUUCUGGUGGGCCAAAGGCAAGAACUUCACCAUUCCCCAAUUGUCCAAGUUUAUGGCAUUGCUAGACAAGUUGCUGCACAACCUGCAGACCCUACAUGCAUCCCUGGAAGACAGCAUAAAGUUUCUGGGCGAAAUAAUGGCUGAAAUUGGACCGAAUCCCAUAGAUAAGCCCUACGUGAAUGUCUUUAAUGUACAACAAGCCAAUGAGAUCAUCGAUUACCUGAAGAUGAGCUUAUUUCAACACUAUAAGCUGUAUGAAUUUCUCUUCUUCUCUCCCAGGGAUGAAAUUGUGAUAGGAACGGAGAAAGUGAUCGAGCUUGUCAAGUCAACAGAUUCGCCUUUUCCAGGUCCCCUUGAAGAAGGCCUAGAAUUCGGCAUUUAUUCAGCAUUUAUAGUGCCACCCCCAGCAUCAACUCAUGACUUAGAGGAUAUAGAGCAAGUCCUUUCAGAGGAGUCUCCGGUAGAAAGUGAAGCCACAGAGGUGGAUCCGUUGGCCAGUUUCACCAUUGAAGAAGUCAAGACGGUGCUGGGUCAGAUCACGGAUGAAGUCAUAAGCAGCAUUCAGGCUGAGAUAAACGAGAAGCUGCAAAUGCAGGAAGAGACCUUCAAUGUACGGAUCGAGAAACUGAAACAGGCCUGAGGAUGCCCAGGGACAGGAGCCAGGCUGAACGUCAGAGAGAGCAUCAAAAGCCCUGAACAAAAGACCAUGUCUAUAGCACCCCAUCCUCUCCAUUUAGUGGAGAAUUGUAGCCCCUAUCCCUUUUAUUUUGCUGUUUUGAUUUGAUUUUAUUAGGCACUUUCUUGGCCCAUCUCAGCGGCUGAAUCAAUUGCAC